GAGAUUAACUCCAUAUUUGUUUUGAGGUGGGGUGGUUUUCAUUCCUACAAAAACACCAUUUAUAUCGUUCUAAAACCAAUCAAACACAAUGGGAAAUAUUCACACAGUCGGCCCAAAUGAAGCCCUUGUUAUAUCAGGCGGUUGUUGCGGGGCCCAAAGUAAGAAGACUAUAAUUGGAGGAUGGGGAUGGGCGUGGUGCCUUGUGACGGAUGUCCAACAAAUCUCUCUGGAAGUUAUGACAUUAAAUCCUAUCUGUGAACACGUUGAAACUUCGGAGGGUGUGCCAUUGACAGUCACAGGUGUCGCUCAGGUUAAAGUCAUGACGGAAACGGAACUUCUUGGCACAGCCUGUGAGCAGUUUUUGGGGAAGUCGGUACGCCACAUUGAAGGAGUCAUACUUCAAACACUUGAAGGUCAUCUCAGGGCCAUUCUUGGAACACUGAGUGUAGAAGCCAUCUACCAAGACAGAGACCAGUUUGCCCAGCUUGUCAGAGACGUAGCGGCUCCAGAUGUUGGCCGCAUGGGAAUUGAGGUCCUCAGUUUUACGAUCAAAGAUGUCUUUGAUGAUGUGGAGUAUUUGUCAUCUCUCGGACGGGCACAGACUGCCGUGGUGAAGCGAGAUGCUGAUAUUGGUGUCGCAGAGGCACAAAGAGAUGCAGGAAUAAGGGAAGCUGAAUGCGAGAAGAGCAAGAUGGAUGUGAAGUACGAGGCAGAUACCAAAAUUGCAGAUUCAUCCCGAGAGUUCCAGAUGCAGAAAGCAGCAUUUGAUCAAGAAGUCAAUGCCAAGAAAGCUGAGGCUGAGUUGGCAUACGAGUUACAGGCAGCGAAAGAAAAGCAGUGCAUCAGGAGUGAGGAGAUUGAAAUUGAAGUUGUUGAGAGGAGGAAGCUCAUUGAUAUUGAAGAGAAGGAAAUUCUACGAAAGGAGAAGGAGCUGACGGCGAUGGUGAAGAGACCGGCUGAGUUCGAGGCUUUCAGGGUCGAGACUAUCGCUGCCGGAAGGAGGACCGUUACGGUAGAAGCAGCCAGAGCCGAUGCGGAGAAGAUCAAAUUGUUGGGAGGGGCUGAUGCCCAGGCCAUCGAGUGUGUUGGUAAGGCUGAAGCCGAGAUGAUGAGAUUAAAGGCCUCUGCUUACAAACAGUAUGGAGAUGCUGCCGUACUUCACCUUGUCCUUGAGUCAUUACCAAAGAUUGCUGCCGAAGUUUCAGCACCACUAUCAAAGACAGAAGAGAUCGUUCUCCUGGGCGAUGACCGCACUUCAGCCGAAAUCGGUCGUCUUGUUAGCAGCCUCCCACCAGCCGUGUCAGCCCUUACUGGUGUUGACAUCUCAAAGGUCCUGCAACAGAUCCCCGGAGCCGUGAAAGCCUAGAUGCAAAAUAGAUCCAUGUUCAAAAUGACAGUCCACCACAAAGGCACAUUGUCCUUCUGUGCAAAUAUGGAUGCCACUUGUGUUCAUCUGUCUACCCGGGAUGCGGAAUAUUGGACUUAGUUGCCUCAUGUAAAAGAUGCCGUAAAUCCCAAUAUUUUCAUGGGUUGUUUUGUCAAGGCUUUUAUGUUUGCAAAAAAAAUGUGUAGCCUACAUGUAUAAAAAAAGCUGAAUAUUCCGAAAUUUUCUUUGGUUGUAUUGACUUAAUUUUGGCAACAAAUAAAAUCGGCACCAAAAUAAGUGAUUAUACAGUAGUUGCAUGUUUUCUAAACCUGAAAUGAUAUAGAGUUGCUGAAUCAAGUAUCUUAUGACAAAGACUAUGAAGUACUUAAAAUAUGUUAGUGCGUUUAGUAAACACUAUUUCUGUCUUCAUCAUUCAUAUUACGUGUGUAUUUAUUGAAUAUAAAACUUGAAUGUAAACAAAUGUUUCAAACUGCAAGGUGAACUUUACUGUUUCCGUCUCCCUCAUUAGUGUGGUUCCUUGUGCCAAAAUGUUAGCUCAAGUUUUCAGCUGCCUUUUUUUAGAAACUGAGGAUAGAAACAACCUGUUCUUGUAAUCACUGCAUGGACGUAUUAAACUUAGUUCUACACCUUAUUAGAAAAUAUUUCGGCGUAUAUUAAAGCACUUGUUAUAACGGUAUAAAAACAGCAUAUAUUCAAUGAUGACAAAAACCAUGGCAGGGCCAGGGAUGUUCACCUGCCUUGAAAAAAGUCUAGUCGAAAAGGGAUUUUCCAUUUUUCUAAUAUGCUGUGAUAUUGAUUAGGCAUUUUAAAGCAAGCAAUACAUUUGCAGUCAGACACAAGAACACUUGAAUAACAUUCAAGGCACAAUCGGUAGAGCAUACUUGUUCUAUAUUCUUAAACUUAUUUGCUUAGUUGAAGGAGUGUCAACUUUGAGAAAAUGAAGAAAUUCUCUGCUGCUCUCGGCUGUAACACUAGUAAUUCUUGGUGAGAUUGCACCUUGGCCUCGGUUUAGAUAGAGUUCAUAUGUGACCAGUUCCAACAAAACCAGUCGCAUGUCGCUCUGAGCUUGGCAGGUUGAGAUGGACUGUCUGUUCAUUUCACUAUUGUCUGCCUUUUGUGAAAUCUGACGACAUCAAUUUUUUCUAUUAUCUUCUGGUGUCAUCGAGGCUCAUCUGAUGUGCGAUAUGCGACUGGUUUUGCUAGAACGGGUCACAUAUUUCAUGAGUAGCAUGUCACUUUUUUUCACGCCAAGUCAAUUAAUGAAUGUGCUUACGACAAGUGACAAGUGAAACAUUAACCAUUGCAAGUGACAACAUGAAUCCUAUUUAAACCCAGCAUUAGAGAUACACAUGCACUUGUUGUACACCAUUUGUACAAGUAGCAUGAUUGUCGCUAAAUCUUUUAUUAUUUUUCUACUAAAGUUUAGAUUUGCUUAUUUUAUACUGUUAGCAUUAGGGAAUUGCUUCUUGUUCAAACAAUUUUCGGAGACCUCUCCGGCAUUCUUUUCAAAUCAAUACGUUCCAUCAUGAUUGGCUACCUGUUAUUACAGUUGAAAAGAUAGAAUAUUUUCGCUGAUGUUUUUAACUGCAUACGUGUUCAUGUUUUAAGCAGAUUAGUGAGAGUUUCUGAAUAAACAUGUAGCCAACUGUAUUUUGUCCUGUCCAAUUAAAAAUAAUAAGACCUUCAACUUCCGAUAAUUUAACAAAGAAAACAAAUUAUGAUACUCCAUCCAAAGGUUUUCAUACUAAAAUAAAAGUGACAUUGUCAUCAUUUGUUAAGGAAAACCUCUAAUGAUGAGCACUUAUUCAUUCCUGGAACUGCAUUGACUUUUGCAUCGCCUGGCAGUACAUAUUAGAUAUUCCAUUGACAAAGUGAUAACAUCUUUGCCAAUUGCGUUAGAUCUGAUUUCGAACUAAGCUGGCUCUUCCUGUGGGAGCUUGCAGUAUUACAGUACACUGUAGUAGGACUUAGAAAUGAUGUAUAAAGAAUAUGUGUUAUCAGUUUUAUUCAUAUUUUCAAAAUGUAAGAUUGAUGUGGAAUGAAAUAAGAAUAGAAAAUUGUAUUUCUGUGUGCAGCAUACAUGUAUGUAUGUUGAAUGUUCAUGAUGUACAUUGAUGAUAGUAAUUUUACAUUGCACUGAUUUGGAAAAAGGUUUUUUUCGAUGCACUUUUUGAAAAUCUUAAUCCCUGUUCCUGUUUUAUAUCUUGAAUCCAGGCACAGUAAUAUUAAAAUAGGCAUUGGUGAUGUUCAAGUGUUGUAAUUGACUUACACAUUGAAUGGUUGUCUUAAUAUGUUUACAGUUUCUUUCAAAUUUGAUGAGAGAAAUCCAAUCAGGAGUCCGGGGGGGAUUAACAUAUGCUGUGCCAAUUUACAUCUCAAUGAAAAACUGUCAUGAUUCUUGUAUUUAUUUACCACCGUUGGACUGGUGGCAGUGCAAUUCAGAGAAACAUGUGCCGAAGACGUCCGAGAAUUUUGUCCUUGAUCUGAGCGAUGAGGUGUGCAAGAUUCUGAUUAAGAAUCAGGUGGCAUAUCUACAGACUCGAGAAAAAAACCUGCACUGUACAAAUUGCACCAAAGAAAUCCGAUAUUUUUGUGGCCUUCUGUCAUCUAUGUGCUCUAUUACCACUUUGCACAAAAUUUACUACUGCUUUCUGAUUCUGAUUCUGAUUCCCCCUAGAAAUGACUUUGAAUCUACUGUUCCCUCUCUAGACUGAAUAAGCAUGGUUUCAUUUUUGCAUGGAGUUAUCCAUUAAGACAAGACUUUAAGGGAACAGCUUCUGUCACAAAUCACUAAGUCCUAAUCUAAGAUAAGACAUUGGUAAGUUUAAACGGCUCGUUCCGUCUUAAUCAUUCUGAAUGCUGUGACCAGUACAUGUAGCACUGUAUACAUGUACAUGUUCAGUUUAUCCUCUGCAAUAAGAACAUCCUUUAGACUGGGAUUGUCCUUAAUAGAGAGUUGUCCUGAUUACAGUUAAUACAGAGGUCGAAUUUAAUAGAAAUAGCCAAAUCCAGAACAGAAUGAGUGUCCUUACUAAAGAGAGGUGUCCGCUAAGGGAUGUUUAACUGUACAUAUACACUGUACAUUGAAUGUACUGGUUCGUUAUGAUAUCAGGCUGAUUCCUAACUACAUAACUCGCUCCUCAUAGAAAAUGACUGAUGUAAGAUCUUAUGAAAUUGUUAUUCUAAUCUUAACGAGCAAGUACAUGUAAAAUUGACUUUUCCUCAUGCUAUGACUGCUUUGACGUCAACAAUGUGUUAUGCUGUAGUAAAUAAUCCACAGUGUUGUUUUAUUUGUUUAUUGGCCUUAUUGCACGAUUGAUUAUGUUUAUUUUUUUCUUUAUUAUUGCGAUUAUUGUGUAAUAUUAGGAAUAUAUUAUGUGUUGGAGUGGGGAAUAGUUUCCAAUGGAUCCGCUUACUACUCGCAUAUUUGUGUAUAUUUUCUACAACUUUUUGCAAACGUCGUACAUGUAAUAGCUUUUAUUGAUGUAUCAAUAAUCAUUUUUACCAAAGAUUGAUUUUACAUUUUGACUCGUGAGUGUGUUAGGCAGCUCUGUUCUUGUCAAUUAUCUUAUCUCAGAUAAUCUUUCUGCCUUAUUUAUACAGAUUUUUUUUAUUAUUGUUUAAUUCUUACCCAUUCGUAAUUGGUAAGAUUGGUAAGAAAAAGGAUCCAUCUUUAUCCAAACAAAAACCUACACUCCAAGUUAUGUGACUGCUUUGUACUGGAGAGUCAUCAUUAAUUCGGUCUAACGCCAAUUGAAUCUCGAUUUCACUUUCUAAUUCAUCCGGUUUCAUCUAUGUUGACUGUGGAUGUGAAGGCUACUUUCUUUCCUUUUUUUUUUCAUCCAUGAAAAGUAUUUUUCUUGCACCUCCGGUAACAUGCUUAUGAACAAGUAAACUCUCAAACCUUCUGAUCUCUCAACCUUAGUGUUUUUGGACAGCUAUGCAAGUGCAUGCUACAGUAUAUGUUCUUUCUUACCUAUCCCAGAUAUAUUCUGCAUGCACUGAAUUCAAUACCAAAGCGUGUAUCAUAAAAAAUGAGUGGUUUUUAAAAAAGAAAUUGGCAUUGAUGCUUUAAACUUCAAAUGAAAAGGGAAACAUUGCUAAUCUGAGCAGAUGACAAUGUCGAUGUCAGACCUACGGUAGAAUGAGUACCACGUCGACUUCUAAAAGUUAAUGAAGACAGGAGUUCUUAUUAAUAUAUUAAUGUGCAUGUGUUAUAAAGGUGUUAUUUUCUGAAACGGCUGUCGUGUCUUUAUAGGUACAGUAACACAUACAUGCAAAUUUGUAAAUACAUGUAAGCGGAUUAUAUUCUUAUGAGGUUCUGCGAGUUGAGAGACCGUCAUGAAUACUUGGCAGUUUUAUACAAAUAGGGCCUAUGUUUUUGCAGAGAACAACAAAAUCUUAGCUGUUAAAAACCAUACAUGUACAAGCAUAUGCAUGUUAUACAGUAUGAGUCCACUAAUGAAGAAUAGUUCUAUUAGGAUCAGAGAUGAACAAAAUUAUUUCCUUGGUCUCUAUAGGCUACCGGAAAAUGCCAUCAAAAUUAUCCAAGAAGUCUGCCAAGUUAUUUUUGAUUGGUCUAUGCCUCAAUAGUAUCAGGUAUUAUCUUGUAUUCUCAAAGGUAUAAAUGUUGUUGUUUGAAAAAUUAUAUUCAUGAAAUCGUUCAAGUACAGUGAAAAGAAGCUGAUGACUGGUACCUAGUAUUUGCCAGACUAUGACUGGUACCUGGUACGUGCAUAUUAAACAGAGUGUGCAAUGUAGUUGGCUGAAAAUGAGUAGGUCUAGAAUUCGAUUAGUGCACUUCGGAAACAUCAUGUGGCUUGCCUAGUGCGGUUUUACUAACAUGAGUGUUGUGAAUGAGAAUCAUUUAGAAUAUCUGAAUUAUAUAGUUAAGAAAUUGUAAAUAACCACCAUCUGUUUCUCAUUAAAGCUAUGAGACAACUUGGCAAAGUCACUAUUUAAAGCGAAUGAGGCCUUGGUUGACGGUCUAUAGACAUGCAGUGACAGUGUACAUUUGAAGCCAGUAAUGGUAAAACUGUUUAAAUAUUGUACUGGGAAACAUCAUAGCAUUGAUGUAAUUGCUAGUGUUCGAAAGACUAACAAAUGUAUCAAAUGACUGGUCAAAAUUUCAGCUUCUUCUCCAAACAGUAUCGGUAUUUGAAACGAAAUGUAACAUCAAUGUAUCCAAUGUUUGAUGUUUAGGAAACUGUAGCAUAUAUCCUGCUGUACACGAGCUUGCUUUAGCCUCUUCUCAAAGCCACUCACUGUUGACAGGUCAGUACACACAUGCACUGUGAACCGCCAAAUGCUUGCGUGCGUUUUUUUUUUUUUAAUUGGAAUAACUGAGAAUUGUUUAGUAAUUCCCCAAAAUAAAAAUUGUGAAUUUUCUGUGCAAACAUAACGAGGUGUGAAUAUUUGGCUGUUGAAAGUAGUUCUUAUAUAAAUUAAAGUUAUUUCCGAACAUUUAGUACAGUAGAAGUGUUCGAUUACAUGUUGUUCAUGAAAAAAGGAUUAACAAUCUAAUGGUUAUGGUGUCUCUAUUUCAUGUAUCAUGUAAAAUUCAUGUUUUAGUACCACAAAUGACCUUCUAAUAAGUGUCUCAGGGUUCUAUGUUGAUAUUAGCUCCAUUGCUGCCUUUUCUGACUGAAACUGCAGUUAACUAAUGUUAAAAAAUUUAAAAUCAACUUGUAAAUAGUUGUAUGUGGUAAAUGAACCAUAUUGAAUGAAAAAAAGCCUAGACGUUUUUCCCGUAUUUUGUAUUGGACCUUGCUCUUGAGUGGCUUUAGGGUUGGAUCUAAAUGUGGCAGAGGCAAUUACAUGUAAUCUCUGAAAGGCUUGUGGCAGUUUGAGAAGACCAAAGUAAACUGUUGUAGCAUGUAUCUGUACGAAUUUAAACCUGGUGUAAACCAUUAUUUCUAUUCUGCUUGUUCUACCUAGUCAUCCAGAACCAAGAAUUUAUCAAGACUUCAUCAUUAAAUUCUUACCAGUAUCCAGUUAAAAAUGUUUCAGUCAUUGUACUGAUUUGGUGUCUAAUGUUGCCCACAGUGCCAAAGGGGUUACAGUAAUUGCCUGUAGUUUUAUACUGUAGUUCAGUUUCAACUUGUGUACAUGUAAACUGUUCCUUUUAGUUGUAAUUUGUCUUAUAUGUAUUUAUACUAUCUGAAUAAAGAUACCCUACUUAGAA